GUCUGCAGCUGGCAGCAGAGGGCUCCCCACAAUGGAGACUGAGCUGCCCGAGUCCCCACCCUCCCCCACACCGGGGCUGCCCCCCGACUCCCCCCAGGAGGAGCCGCCCCCAGAGCUGCUGGGCAGGCCGCCACACCGGCUGCCCCACCAGUGCGCCUCGUGCCAGCGCCGCUUUGCCCAGGCCCACGGCCUCCAGCAGCACCGGUGCUGUCCCCGCGACCCGCCCGCCCAGAGCCCGGCCGGCGGCAAAUCCCACCGGUGCCGCUCUGGUGCCAAGCGUGGGCACCAGUGCCUGGUGUGCGGGAAGCAGUUCAAAUUCCCCUACUACCUGGCGCGGCACGGCCUGACCCACGGCGGGCAGAAGCCAUUCCAGUGCCCGGUGUGCCACAAGGCCUUCCGCCGCCCGGCCCACCUGGCCCGCCACCAGCGCACCCACGCCCGCCAGCACUUCCCAGAGCCGGCCGAGCGGCCGCGCCAGCAGGCCGGGCCCCCAAGCGAGGAGCACGGGGACGAGGAAGCCGACGAGAAGCAGGUGCUGCUGCAGGCGGACUGGACGUUGCUGUGCUUGGGCUGCCACAAGGCCUUCGAGACCAAGGGCGAGCUGAAGGCCCACAAGUGCUUCAAGGCGCGGGGCCGGGCUGGGCUGGGCGGCGCCCAGCGACACCAGUGCAGCGUGUGCCACAAAUUCUUCGCCCGCCCCUGGUCCCUGUCGCGCCACCGCCGGGUGCACACGGGCGAGAAGCCGUUUGCCUGCCCCGACUGCGGCAUGACCUUCCGCCUCUCCUCCUACCUCAAGCAGCACAGCCGGUGCCAUGGGGCCGGGGCUGGGCUGCCCUUUGGCUGCCCGCUCUGCCGCCAGCGCUUCCGCAAGGCGGGCGAGCUGGCCAGCCACCGGCGGGCGCACGGGGAAGCCACCCCCGGGCCGGAGCAGCCCCACAAGGGCUCCGAGUGCAGCGUCUGCGGGAAAGCCUUCAAGAGCAAAUACGACCUGGCCACCCACUUCCUGAUCCACACGGGCGAGCUGCCCUACCCCUGCGGCCAGUGUGGCAAGCGCUUCCGGCGCCUCUCCCACCUCAAGCAGCACCAGGUCACCCACACGGGCGCCCGGCCCUUCCAGUGCGUGCUCUGCCAGAAGGAAUUCAAGCGGCUGGCCGACCUGGCCCGCCACCGGCAAGUCCACCAGGGGGACAAGCCCCACCAGUGCGGCAUCUGCCACAAGUUCUUCUCCCGCGCCUACAGCCUCCUACGGCACCAGCGCGGGCACCGGCCCGAGCUCCUGGCCGCCGCCCGCCCCGAGGCCUUCCUCAGCAACUCCUGCUUCGACAGCCAGGACCACUCCGCCUUCUGCACCCCCGAGGAGGAGGACGAGGAGGAGGAGGAAGGGGGUGCGGCCGGCGGCUCUGGGGAGGGCUCAUGACGUGCAUUCUGAGCUGGAUUUUGGGGGGGGGGGUGGCGGGAUCCCCUGGGGCCUGGUGUGGGGGGACCUCUGGAUCAGAGUUGCAAGGAAAGGGUCCAAAGCCCCCCCCCCCCCAUCUCCUGAGCCAGUCCUUGAAAUCUACU